GUGAUGCUUAUCCGGCUGUGUGUGUUCCUGCUAUGUGCCGAGCUACGGGUCUCCCCGCACCGGUGCGUCUUCGACGAGGUUCAGCCUCGGGUGCGAGUGGUCCGCGCCGCCCGGCCAAGUUUGCUGCCGAAACUCGGAGAAGUGGCCCCGAUGAGGAUCGGGACUUGGCUUUCCGGAGAGAGCGAGCGCCUGUCGCGGCGCCAGGAAGGCCAAUUGAGGGCCACCGUGGAGCGGGCCGUGAGGACCGUGUCGUCGUUACUUUCAGUGGAGCGAGCCUCAAGCCCACUGCUGCUCAGCAGGGACGUCAACAAAUACUGCAAGUUUCUGUGGAAGAAUUCAAGCGGCGUCAACUACAACAGGUGUGGCCAAGCAAACAAAAACUACAGAUAUGAGAUGUGCCUGGACGUCAAGAUACCGGAUGAUCACCUCGCUGGCUGCAAAGUCUAUCCGCAGUCCAACUCGACCCGCGGUGUCGUUUUGAGGCAUCCGGGAGGCGGGGUGGCCGACGUCGACUUCCUGCUCUACCUCCACGUCCAAAUGUCGGACAAGUGCAGGGCGCAGUCUCGCCUGUUGGCCUACGCCGCCCACUGCCGGGCGGAUGCCGGCGGAAGACCUUUGGCGGGUGUCGUGGUCAUCUGCAGGGAGAGACUGACAAGCGUGAGCGUACAGACUGUGGUCCAUGAGCUGUUCCAUGCGCUGGGCUUCUCCAGAGAUCUUUUUGCCACGUGGGUGGACUGCUCCAUCGAACGAGAGAUUUCAGCCUGCUCCCCCCGGGGCAAAGUGACUCACGCUGACGGAACGGGCCAGAUGAGGCUCUACACCCCGUCCGUCAUCUCGGCGUUGCAAAGGCACCUGGCGGCCGUCGAUCCCGAGCUGGGGGGGCCGCUCGAGAACUCGGACGCGGCGCCGGGCGGCGUGUCCUCCCAUUGGGAAGCCCGACUUCUGCAGGGCUCUGUCAUGUUGGCGGCGCCGGGCCCGUCCGGCGCGGCGCGCAUCGACCCGCUCACCUUGGCCGCGUUUCAGGAUACGGGCUGGUACGUCGUCAACACCAGCCGGGCGCAAGAUCUGGUCUGGGGAAAAGGUGAAGGAGCUUUGUUUGGUUCCAAGUUGACCUGCCAUGACAACUCGUCAUCCUUCUUCUGCACCGGCAGUGGACUCGGGUGCCAUCAUUUACAUUUCCACAAAGGUGAGUGCCAGACUGAUGCCCACCUGGAUGGCUGUCGCAUUUACAAAGCGCUUGAGAACCGAAGUGAAUGCUGGAAAAAAGAAAACGAGAGGCAGUCAGGUGACGAGCGCCACGGUGGGGAGGUCUUCGGCUCAGGCAGCCGUUGUUUCUUCUCCAAUCUAACCACACUCAACCACAGUCAGCUCAUAGUGACGGGGCGCUGUUACAGACACAGGUGCACUGGACCAAACCGCUACCAAGUCCAGGUGUUGGACUCGGACUGGUUGGACUGCCCCGCAGGAGGCAGCAUUCAGAUAAGGGGAUACCAAGGUUCCGUUUUCUGCCCGGACAAGAGGUUGUGUCUGGACUCUGACGACAGUCCUCCUCCCUCAGAGGCUGAGGAUGUUUUCCCCACAAGGCAAGUGAAGUGUUUUUCUUCAUACAACCCUGUAUUUAUAGUCAAUUUAAUGAAAUACUUUUUUUUUUUAUGGUCUCAAACCAGUCAACCGAAUGAGACGUUACUCCAGGAGGAUACCCGGUCAGCAUACAACCCUGCCGCAGACCCCUUGGUCACCACUGUGUUCUGUGUUUUGGCAGCACUGGGGGUCCUGGUUCUCGGUCUGAUGAGUACCAGGUGUACCUCCUGCAAGGUUCGGAUCCAUGCGGCUUCUGGCAUGUUGAAUUGCUGAGAUCAUCUUCCUUCCAGUUCAGUGUUUAAAAAAAAACAAACAAAAAAAACGUAUCUAGUCAUUUGCGGUCAGUGGCAGAGCUAGACUUUUCUCCCUGGGAUGGCCACAAUGCUAUCUAAAUUUGGAAACGUUAUCAAAAGUCAACAUACACACACACAUUUUUUGUAUUUUUUUUUCUGCUGGAUGCAGUAAAAUGGUCUGAAACAAAGCAGUCCUUCAUAGUACCUUGUGUUCCAAAAUUCCAGAGGACCAUGAAAGCACCGUUUUGCGUAAUUGUUUAUGGAAAGGUGAUUGGUGGAAACCCAGGAAGUUGCUAUGUAAAUUAAGUAUAGAUAACCUGGUGUUUUUCACCCACUAAUGACCCAACCCGUACAGUUGUUACAGACUGUGUCAACACAUUAUUACUAUUAUUAUCAUCAUACGAUGUUGUUAUUAUUAACUAUUUUUUAACUGUCAAGCAAAGGCUUAUAAAGCGGAUUUACGUGGGACAGGAGAAGAGAGUCAAUCUCUUUUUCGUUAAUGGAUGCUAUAGCUUCUAGUUGCUUUCAAUUUGGCUUGUAGCAGACGUGUGCACAUUUUCAGCAUGACGUCUUUGAUCCACUGGAGAAAAGGACACUUUGAUUCGCUCCUCUUUCAUCUAGAACUGCUUCAAACAGAAAAGUGUAUGCAGGAAAGUGGUUCAGAUUGCACGAUUGUCUGUCUUUUGUGUUGUAUUAUUUUGUCGUUUUAUAUUAACUUUUCUUUUGCAUGUUUGACAAUAAA